AUGGAGUUCCCCACUGCGAGUCCGGGUCAGUUGGAGGUAUUUGUGGGAGAGAGUCUGAGUCUGAUCUGUGAGGUGGAGGGAGCAGACACAGAGUGGACCUAUCACUGGAGCAGGAACAGACUGAACCCACCUCCAACAACCAGAGAAUACAGAGUGUCCAGAGUGACUGAGUCUGACACAGGAGCCUACAGGUGCAGAGGAGUCCAGCCUCACGCAGUCACUGAGUGGAGUGACCCCUCCUUUGUCUGGUCUGGAGAUGCUGAGUCUCCAGUGUCUCUCUCGGUCAGUCCUGACAGAGCACAGCACUUCACUGAUGAUGUCAUCACUCUGAGUUGUGGGUUCAACUCCACUGGAGCAGACAGCACAGUCUGGAGGAGGUUUUCUGAUCACAGAUUAUCACAACAGUGUAAUUGGACUAAAUCUAAAUGUGAGUUUAGUUUACGUGAGGAAACCAGUGCAGUGUUUUGGUGUGAGUCUGGAUCAGGAGAAAUGAGCAAUGCCGUCAACAUCUCAGUCCACAGGGACAUCAUCCUUAUGAGCCCAGUGAGUGCAGUGACUGAGGGACAGUCUGUGUCUCUCAGCUGUAAACUGAACACAGGGACUUUUACUUCAGUUCAAUUUUAUAAAAAUGGAAAAAUGAUUCAAAAUGGGACUGAACCAGAGCUCAACAUCACUGCAGUGUCCAGGUCUGACCAAGGCUUUUAUAAAUGUGAGGGACAACGGAAACUACGGCCAACACCAAAGACUGUCAUAUCUCCAGAGAGUUGGAUGUCGGUUAAAACUGUUCCUGUGUCUAUAAAUGAGACAUUUCCUGUGGUGUGGGCGCUUGGACCUGUGUGUGCAGUGGUUUUACUCAUUCUGCUGCUGCUUCUGUGGCACCACAUAAAAAAUAAAGGCCAAAGCUCGUCCAGUGAGAAUGAAACAGGGGCGGGACAAGACGACCAGCAGCAACUGUACUCAUCUCUUCUCCAUGGCGACGUUUGUGUGUAUGAAACUAUCAAAGACAAAAGAAACAGGGAUGAUGAACAGCUUAGGGACUACAGCAAUUUACCGCUCAGGUCUGUCCAAACGACCUGAGCUGAGAUGAAAGAGUUUUUCUGGACAACGACUAAAACACACAGUAAAAAACUUCAUAUGAUACAAAUGGACCACAGCCUUAAAGCUACACUGUGUAACUUUUCUGGUUGAGUUCUGUCUCUCGCUUGUUUCCGUGGAGAUGUUAUUACUUUGUUUGGAUUGUUCUGAUAUCAAAUGUGUCUAUGUUGGAUUAUUCAGGUCCAUGUUUAUCUACCUUGAAAAAAAAUGAUUCUUUGUGUCGUUGGGGUCGCCUCUCCACAGAUCUGACCUGUACAUUAUCUUGUUUAAUGCCAUAUUAUGUAACAUUUCAAUCUGCAAGUGUUUUUCAGUGAUGUUUUUCCAGUCUCUGCCUUCACCAGACUGAACGUGACAAAUGUUGAGAUCUUUUAAAAACAUGAUGAUUCAUUUUUGUUUGUUUAGUCAAAGCUCCUUUUGUAAUGGGAUGAUAAACCUGUAUGGACCUAAUGUACAUAUAUUUAUGUUAUGUUGGAUUAUUUUAAGUUCAA